GGUUAGAAUGAAGCGAAAGACACAGUUCCAAGUGCCACUGCCCCAAAGCAACAAGAUGCGAUUCCUCUGCGUACUGAUCCUCGCCUGCCUCCUGGCAGUGGCACACAGCACCUCCACUCCAGCUGCUUCACCACCAGCUUCUACGCCGACUCCAGCAGCUUCUACGACGACUCCCACUGGUUCAACUACUUCACCUACUUCAAGCUCUCCUUCAACUUCGUCGUCCUCAUCAUCCACGGUGACCACCACUACCACGACAGCUGCUCCCACGACCACCACCACCACGGAGGCGUCCAGUUCAUCAUCGUCGAGCGAUAAGAAAGUUCGGCACAGGAGGCACUACGUCAACCGGCGCCACAGGAAGGACAAGAAGUCCAAGAACAAGAACAAGAAGAGCAAGAAAAACAAGAAGGACAAGAAAACCAAGAAAGUCCGACGUACCCGGCGCAGUGGUUAAAUAUUUGAGUCCUUUCCCUCGAAAUCAACCCACCGAUCGCAGCAAAAUCUAUGAUUAUAUCACAUCGUCACAUUUUUUUUUUACCAAGUAAAGUAAUUGAAAAACAUUGAAAAAUACAAUUUCUAAAUCGAA